AUGAUAUACGACUUCAUGCAGCUUACAGAUGUGGACAAGGUCAAGUGCGUAAUAUUUAUGCUGCGAGAUAAUCCACGAGUAUGGUGGGAAGGUGCACGAUUGACAGUUGAUUUGGCUACAUUGACAUGGGCUGAUUUCAAGGAGGUGUUCUAUGGGAAAUACUUCACUGCUGACACCAGGACCCGACUAGCAAGGGAGUUCUUGGAACUGCGCCAAGGAGAUUUAACUGUGGUUGAGUAUGUCAGGAGGUUUGAGAGGGGACGCUACUUCGUACCCAUGAUUGCCAGCCAACCGGUUGAGGAGCUGAAGCACUUUACAGAGGGAUUGAGAGCUGCCAUUCACCAUGAUGUCAGACUAAGCCGAGUCACCACCUUCAGGGAGGCAAUUGACCAAGCAUUGAUGUCUGAAAUGGCCAGAAAUGACAUGAUCAAGGAAGCCCGGAACAAAAGAUUAAGUUAUCAGGGAAGGGAUCAACAGGAGCCGGGCAAGAAGAAGUCAUUUUCUUGCCAGCAUCAGGGCAAGCAACCGCCUAAACAAACACAACCACAUCAACAAUUUCAGAAAUCACGACCAGUUGAAGGUACCGCUUCCAAGGUUGAGAACAAAGUUCGGUGCCUCAAGUGCGAGAAGAAACAUGCUGGACAGUGUCUGACGGGUACCGAUGUUUGCUAUAUGUGUAAGAAGACAGGGCAUUUUGCUAGGGACUGCCCUCAGCUCAAGGAGCCAACCAAAGGAAGAGUAUUUGCCAUGAGUCAAGAGAAGGUGGAUCUAGAUACGACUAUUAUCAUAGGUAUGAUUCUUGUUGCCAGUAUACCUGCUCAUGCAUUAAUAAACUCUGGUGCCACCCAUUCAUUUAUAUCUGCGGCUUAUAUUACAAAAUUGGGUAUUACACCUGAACAAAUGAUUAAGGGAUAUAGUGUUUCCUUGCCUUCUGGAGAGGAAUUACACAAUAACAGGGUGGUAAGAAACUGUCAGAUGAUGAUGCAAAACCGUAUCGUGGGUACAGAACUUAUUGUGUUGGAUAUGGUGGAAUUUGAUGUAAUCCUCGGAAUGGACUGGCUGACUCAGCACGAGGCAGUCAUCGAUUGCAAACAACGAUCCGUUAGGUUGAAGCUACCUACCGAGGAAUUCUUCAUUUUUCAUGCAGUACCAAGACUGACCUUUCCUCACAUGAUUUCAAUGUGUAAAGCUCGACGGAUGCUAAACAAGGGGUGUGAAGGUCUUUUAGUCAAUAUCACGGUUAAAUCGGAGACCCGAUGA